UCCCCUCUCGCUCUUCCACGAUGCACUUGUCAACUUGUUUCCGUCGUUGGACUUGUCGCACCUCUCUGACUCCCGGUCAAUCGAGACGCAUCUCGCGUUAACGCACGGUCGUCGAGAAAAGUCUCUUCGUUUGCGCGCUGGUACAUGCACGUGUGUGUGUGUGUGUACGCGACGUACGACGCAGAGAGCUCGCGGAGGAUGCAGCGAGUCGCGCGCGACGGAGCGUAUCGACGCGACCCGCGACGCACGAGGACCGUCGCGGUCCCGAGGAAUCACAGCGCCGCUUCACCGCGCGCGACUUUACAUGAUCGUCCCGAUUCGCCGCGCCCGUGAUGCGGACGGACGUGUGUUACCGGACCGACGUGCACGUUUUCGCUACUGCGCGCUACGCAUCGCGCAACCGCGCCACUCAUUGGCCCUCGCACAUUCACCGUUCAGGCCCGUAUCGAGCGAACGUUCGCUCGGUACCAUUUUGAAUAAAGGCGUCUCUUCGAUCGAGCGAAGCGACACGGCCCUGAUCUCGACGAGAAUCUCGUCUUUCAUUUCUUAUCGUCGUUUUUUUCCGUCUUGCACAAAGUAGUAUCCAAGUGUCGAUCUUAUCUCUUUUUUUUUUUUUGCCUUUUCUUUACCACUCGAUCGAUACAGUCGAAAUAUCGCUUACUGUUAUUUUCCUCAAAGAGAAUUGUAUAUUCUCUAAUUGUACGUAUCGAUUUUUCCUUAUUGAUAAUCAAGGUCAAUGCGCGCGACGACGUUGUGAUCAAACGAUGUCUCGGCAAAGUAAGAAGAAAACGAUUGGUUUUUUUCCCGGAGAAGGAAACUCCUUCCAAGGAAUGCGUAAAAUUUGGACUCGCGCGUAAACAAAGUAACAUUGCGUAAAGUUUCAAAACGAAAUUCAUUCGUUGAUAAGAAAUUUAUCACCACCGAUUCGAUAACGCCGUUGGUUUAUUACCUUCAAACGAACGAACGAGAUGCGUCUCGUUUUAUCGGAGACAUCGGGUUUUAUCGUUUUCCGAACGUGAUGACCUUCGUGACUCGGCCAGCUCGUUUCAGUUCGUGAAUCAGUAGCAAGUGAGAAAGGCGCGCGAAACCUUGUCGUGCGAUGUUUUCCGAAGUAUUGCCCUUUGCAAGCAAAUACUUUACCUAUUUAUCAAUCGUCGUCAUCUCGUAUGUUGUGCUCGUCGAGCUCUACAAAUGGUCGGCUAGAAGAACGAGUGAGACGCGCCCAUUCAUGGAAUUCGACGAAUCCACGGAUUCAGACAAAGAGACGAAACUGGCAGCAGAACCUGCCUUACCAAAGGAUCUCAAGCACAUACCUUAUCAAUAUGUUAUACGAUCCCCGAUGGAAUCGUUGAUUCGAGUGUCAGAAUUUUAUGAAACAGUCGCUGCGAGGCGAUCUUUGAGGUUCUUCAGCACGGAUCCAGUUCCAAAGGAAAUUAUUCGUGAGAUUAUAAAGGCCGCAGGUACCGCACCCAGCGGCGCUCAUACAGAACCAUGGACCUUCGUUGUCGUGUCGAGUCCGUCUGUGAAAUCGCAAAUUAGGUGUAUUGUGGAGCGAGAGGAGGAGAUCAAUUACAAAAAGAGGAUGGGCGUAAAGUGGACGACCGACUUGUCGCCGUUGAGGACCAACUGGAUAAAGGAAUACCUCACCACCGCGCCGUACUUGAUACUCGUGUUCAAACAAGUCUACGGUAUUUUGUCGAAUGGACAGCGGAAGAUCCACUACUAUCACGAAAUGAGCGUAUCCAUCGCCUGUGGAAUUCUUAUUACUGCUAUACAGUACGCUGGCUUGGUGACGCUUGUGUCCACCCCGUUAAAUUGCGGGUCAGCCAUACGCAAUCUUCUCGGACGUUCAUCCCACGAGAAGCUCGUCUUACUAUUGCCAGUCGGUUAUCCAGCCAAAGACGCCACCGUUCCCGAUUUGCAGCGAAAACCUCUAUCGGAAAUCUUAGUCGAGGUCGACUGACACGUUACAUAGAUAAGAGAAUCGUGAGGACUCGACGAUUUAUUUCCUCUUAGAUCUGUCGCUUACUCGGAGGAGUGGGAAUAUCUGAAAUGAAUGAAGGCAAACGUACAUUUAAGUGUUGUUGAUGCUAUUUUUUAUGAAAAAUGUUGUAUAUUUUUUCCGGAUACUAACUUUCCCUUAUAUAUUUUACAUUACAUUUUGUAGAGUAUAGCAGUUAUUUACUAAAAUUGUGUAGUAGUGUUUCUUGGCUUAAAAUAUCACUGCCAAUAUUACAAACAAAUCGUAAUGCUGAAAAAGAAGAGCUGAUCCCUGAAAAGUAGCACCUGUUCGUAUAUACACAAAGUAUAUAUUGUGUACUCUCUCCCUUCCUCCCGCGCAGUUGAAAAAUAUACAAUGGCACACGCAAUGACACUCUAUUCUAAACUUGGUAAAUCCGGUUUGUAUAAACUAGUGUUUAUUCAACUUUGCAUACAGAACGUUAAAAAUAAGCGAUAUAAAAUAUAAAUCCGUCAUUUUAAUACAGAAGAAAAAUUUAAAAGAAUGUCGGUUAACGACACACAGAAAGUAAUACAAUCAGAUUGGGAACCGAGAGGGUUCACGUUAAAGGAUAUCAAAUAUCACCACAGCUUCUUAAAUUAAGUACAUCCAAGGUAUAAAAUGUAAAAAUACUGGGCUAAUGUGUGAGACGAAGAACAUGUAGAAUAUAAUCUUUUCUGCGGUAUCGCAAGUAUAUGAAUGAUAGCUAUUACAGCCGCUACUAACAGUUCUAUGUUAUUAAGUGUAAAAGCUUUAGUAUCAUGAUACAUACAAGAUAAACAGAUAAUAUUCUAUUUAUCAUUAUUUAUGAAACAGAUACUAUAUUAAUAUCAUGACUUUCUAAUGAAUAUGAAUUUUGUCGUAUUUCUCUACGAGACUUGACUGACGAGCCAAGCCGAUAGCGAGGAGCUAAGAGAGUUAGUGUGAAAAAUAAACUCGAGAUCGCCAAACUUUCUUUUUUAAAUUUAAGCAACCAUAAAGAAAGAAAUCAAUAUUUGUAAUAAUAAUAAUAUCAUUGACUAAGAGUAAAAGUAGUCUAGAACUAGGAGAGUAUUGUCCUAUUUAGCGAUCUUUAACUAUGUUUCUAUCGUUCGUUUACUCUUGACAUCGCUGUCGAUUACUAAAAUGAGCAAAAAAUACACUUUAUUCUCAGUACGAAGUCUAACUUUGUCGGUAAAUCGAACUCUUUGUCUUUAAAAUUAUUAAUCUCUGUGUUCUUGCUUUACAGAACUUUGUAGACAGUCGGUUACGACUAGAGAUGAGACCGAGUGCAAUAUGUGUAUCAGUGUAUCGAUACCAUUCGAUAACCAAAUCUCAUAUUUCGCUCGAGUCAAAUAAUACUCGAAGGAGGAUUGUGGACGUAAUGAAAGGAAUGAGGAACAAGGAAUUAAAUCUCGACAUAUGGAUAACUAUGCAUCAAUCCACAAUAAAGAAAUAGAGAACUGGGAUUAGGAGGUCUUACAGCUUGUGUGCUUAUAGGGCUUUGACCGGAAAUAACCCUCUAACCGAUAUACAAAUAAAAGAGUUAGAAUCGAUCAUUUUCAAGAAAGAGAUGUCCUUCAGACGUCUUUUAAUAUUCUCCGGGGAAGUUUAUCAGAAAAUAGUGGUGAUCUCGUUUUAAAACGUCCUUAUAUACAUACAUCUUGUUCUCUUGUGUUUUAAACUACAGCUUAUUUCUAGUACCUUAUUCCCUACAUUUAAUUCCUUGUGUUCCUCCUUCCAUUAUGUCUGAGCCCUAAAUUUACACGCGCGCCCACAUCACGUACUUCAAGAAAGUUGCUACAAUCAAGUACAUAUCAAAUUAUAUCGAUACAAUGUGCGAAACUUUAUAAAAUAUAUUCGUCAGUGUUGUUUUACCGUCUCUUCGUAUAUAUAUCAAGUAUUUGUACGUGUUAUAUAAUUGGAAAUACCAGUGAAAGGCUCAAAUAUA